AUGACGAUAACCCAAAUCCACGAACAUGAUGCAACCAGCAUUCUUCCAAUCCUGGCAUCUCACCUUCCCCACUCAAUCACCUGUCUCCGCCGGAUCCAACACGGCGUCGCCUACCCGUCCCCCACCGCCAAGAUCCUGGCCACUUUCCCGUCCUCAGCUACCCCUGACCCUGGCACUCCGUGGCUGGCUGCACGGGUGGAUCUUUUUCUAGGCCGUCAGACUCAGAUCGUGCUAUACAGCAGCCUGGAGUCCCGCACGUCACUACCCCCGAUCGCCCCUGCCACCCAGAGUGACGGGUCCCCCGAUCCCGUCAUAUCCACUUUUGACGCAGCCCCAGCCGAGUUGGAUCUUGCUCGUGAUCAGCUCUUGGCAAUGAUGCGACAUGUCAAGUGUAAUUUGUUGCCCGAGUACCUGGCAUCCCUGUCUCUGUCUGAACCGGGACCUGAACCUGGAUCUGGAUCUGGAUCUGGAUCUGGAGCCCAAAGUGCGGCUGAAGAGAAAACUAAAAUUCUCCGAACAAUUAAUAGCCUCCCGCUAAUUCCACCCCCAAGCCCAAAGGCUUUCUUAUUUGGCGCGAUUCCAUCAGCUCUCUUUGUGUUGCUGAUGCGCGAUCGAAUCUUCGUCGACGCCAACGGACAGGCUAAUCCCGGCCCUGGACUGCGGAUUCAUCGUUUCGAUAAUCCGCCGUAUUUUACGUAUCUGUUCUCUAGAGCUGUCUUCGGCGCUAUGGAUACAUCGACUCUACCAGAUGGGUAUAGGUAUCAUGAUCGGAAGGGUAGAGUCGGUGUUCUGCCCGAGCAUUUGGAUCUCCAGAGAUGGUUUCGGGGGGGGGGGAAGAAGAUGCCUAUUGCGUGGGGGUUCCUGGGUGUGGAUGGGGCUGUUGCGACGUUAAAUGUCGAGCCUGAGCAUAGGGGGAAAGGGUUGGCAGUUGCGCUUUCGAAGAAGGUCAUGAAAGAGGGCAUUGUGCCUGGGGGUGCUUUUGGGGCUGAACGGUCGGAUAUUCAGGAUGAAGUGUUGAGGGACAAGCUGGGGGAGUGGGUGCAUACCGAGGUUGCGCAGUCUAACAAGGCGAGUAGAAGAGUCAUGGAGAAGAUUGGGGGUGAGGUUAUGGCUACUGUUAUGUGGACUGCCAUUGAGCUGCUUGAUUGA